AUGGCAAAGAGCCCUAUGCACCCUACAUGCAUUCUAGAGAAAGACAAGGUAAGCGGUAAGGUUGAUCAGAAGCUGUACACAUGUAUGAUAGGUUCUUUAUUAAAUUUGACUGCUUCUAGACUUGACAUUUUAUUCAAUGUCUUCUUGUGUGCUCGCUUCCAAUCAAAUCCUAGAGAAUCUCACUUAACAACUGAUAAGAGGAUUUUUAGGUAUCUAAAAGGUACUACUAAACGUGGUUUGUGUUAUGGAAAAUCAAGAGAAUACAAGUUAGUAGGUUAUUGUGAUGCUGAUUAUGCUGGAGAUAGACUAAAGAGAAAAACCACUUCUGUAAGUUGUCAGUUUCUCAGAGAUAAUUUAAUCUCAUGGUCCUGUAAGAGGCAAUCAACAAUUGCACUCUCAACUGUAGAGGCUGAGUAUAUUUACGCUUCUGGAUGUAGCACUGAGUUCCUCUGGAUGAAAAUUUAG